CGGCCCAGGCAACUGCUUGAUCUGCCUGUAGAGAUCCUGAAUGCCAUCUUGAAAGAGGCAUGUCGUUUCACAGCACUAAACCACACGAACGACCUGACUUCUCUUGCUCUCUGCCACUCGACACUUCAUACUCUGGCCAUCCCUCUUAUCUACAGCAGAUUCGAUAUCGUUUGGCCUGACAAUGCCUCCGGUCCGGAGCCGCGAGCCGGUGUCGAUGCUCUCACCUAUGGCCUCUCGACUCUGGUAAUGGCCGAGGAGAUCUUCGGCAGCCGUCGUAACCAGUCUAUGGAGCAGAGGGUCAAACGACGUCGUGGCAACCACUUCGCUUCCUUCACCAAGAAGUUCUCGCUAGGCAAUGGACCGCCGGAUUGGUGCUCAGACUACCUCAUCACCAGAGAGGCUGGCAAAAUGCUCGGUACGCUCGUCGCGCUAGCUAUCGCUCGGAUGCGAAGUCUCGAGUCUUUCACAUGGGACAUGCCCACAGGCGUACUAAGUGCCGUCUGGGAUUCCCUCUCUUCGUUAGAUGACCACGAGGACAACAGACCAUGCCGCCUAGAGCGAGUCGCGGUUCGCUGGCACGACAACUAUGCUGAUCCUCAUAGCCCUCCCGUUCAUACUCGAGAUCGAGCAGGCAACCUGAAUCCCCCCUUGAGUGCUAUAAACCAUGUCGAGAAUCCAUCAUUCUCCAUCUUGCCCGCACUAAAGAGCCUCAGCGUGCUUGACAUCGAUGAGGUUCAGUACCUUGACGAGCUAAGUGUCCUGAUCCAUCGCUCAGUCGACAAAUUGCGUGAGUUGCGCAUCGGAAUUGCAAGCCUUGCCAAACACAAAGAGUUCAACUUUGUUUGGGAAGGUGAUAAUUUUGAGCAGGUCGAUCAAGCCAACCCGGUCAUGUCUUGCAUAACGAUCGGCGAAAAGCGCCUCGGUGGUAUUCUUGGUACACUGACAGGCAUGAUCUACGAUUUGCGAUCCGCUGAUCCCCAGACCGGACGACGAAAUCGGCUCAGACGAAGGUCUAACGCGACAAUCGGCACUUCACAAGUAAAUAGUGAUCUCAAUGGUAUAUCGAGCUCGUCGGAUACAUCAUCAGCUGCAGCUGCCAAUAUUGGUUCUCCAGACUCCGAAACAGUGGCACCAAGCACGACGAGCACAGCAUCCUCAGAAGACGAUGUGGACGACGAAACGAGUACCAUUGUUGAGCAUGUACAAGCCACUCCCAAAGCUUCGUCGCCCGACUCAACUCCUCCAGGAAACUUGAGAAAGCAAACCUCACCAUCGCGAAAACUCUCGUUGGAGACGUUCGAGCUCGAAGAUGUGCAGUUGUCAGUUCCGAUCAUGCUCAACGUGAUUGAUUGGAGUGUCUUGACCACUCUCACAUUGCUCCGCUGCCUAAAUCAUGAACAUUUGUGGAAAGCUUUGCGUCGCCAGUUCCCAUCUGAUCCGUCUCCUACCAAGCAAAGAUAUGUUUCUGGAACAACAGGACAAAUCUUGCAACCUACGCGCAAACUCUCAAGCUCGGACAAGACAUUCAAGCUGAAUCUGAAGCACAUACACACAGACACAGUAUCGCAUUCUUUGAUUUCUUUCAUCAAGGAAACACUUCGUCCAAACAGCUUGGAGUCAGUUUUCUUUUUACACAGCUCAUCUGAUCCUACGAGUGUUUCACUGGAUGCCAUCUUCAACGGUGUGAUACGUAGACAUCGGAUUAGCCUGAGGAAGCUGUUGGUUGACAGCGGUGAGAGAGGAAGCGAAAGCUUACCAGGAGCUAGCGUGAUCUGGCGACAAUGGAUGUUCAAUCGUGAGACGAUCAAGUUCUUGGGCAAGAUGCCUUGUCUAAAAGAGCUCGGAGCCGCACUGGAUUCGCGUGACUGGCACUUCUUCUUACAGCACCUUCCGAGUCUGGCAAAGCUCCGAUCGCUCUACAUACCUUACCUCGUCAACUACAGCCAAGGAUUUGAUGCCCGAGAAUACGCCCUUCAGGUCGUGGAUAUCGUGGCCCUUCGCCCAGAACUGGAGAUUUGCUACGUCGGUAUCAUGAAGAAGUGCUUCGAAGUCCUCGAACAAAAGCCAGGCUCUGGAAACACAAAUCGCGAUGGACGUGGCAUCGGAGAUGACUCUGCGAGCGAGGAAGAAGACGAUGACGAGGGCUCAGCAGAUGAAGAUGGCUCAGAUGCCGACAACGAUGACGAUGAUGACAGCGAGGGUACGGACUCAGACAUGAGCGACUCGUACGAGGAUAGCGACCUCGACUCUUCUGCGGAUGAAAAGGAGUUACCAGCAUUGAGACUGCGGGAGAUUCUCUAUUAUGAUGACAAGGUGUCUAUCUUCAAAGCCAGACAUGGAAGACUCUGA